UUGUUAUAUUUAUAGCUUAUUUCAAGUUUUUUUAAAAAAAUCAUAGUACUAAAAAACAUCACAUGCAUGCUAAAAAAAUCGGUUUUAUGAGUUCGAUUCGACUUAGGAUCGAAACCGCCCGGAUUGCUCAGUAGAGCAAUUUUAAACCCUAAUUUCUAGCAAUUAGGGCUUUUCCGCGGCAAAAUCACGCUACUGUGAUCAAUUUUAAACCCUGAUUUAUAAAGGUUGGGGCUUUUCGCAGAGCAAUUUACAAAUGGAUAGCGAACGUUCGUUCAAAGUGCCGCCGGAAACGGAGAGGUUUCUCUGCGAACGGUUGUUGGAUGAAAAGCAGCCCAUCUCAGAGCGAUUUAGAGUCCUAUUUUCUCUCCGCAACCUCCGUGGCGCCGCACCCCGCAAUGCGCUCAUCAAAGCAACUAGGGAUACUUCAAACCUGCUUGCACACGAGGCGGCAUUUGCUUUGGGUCAGAUGCAAGAUGCUGAAGCUAUCCCUGCAUUAGAAGCUGUUCUAAAUGAUCUUUCAUUGCAUCCCAUUGUGCGCCACGAGGCUGCAGAAGCUCUUGGUGCAAUUGGUUUGGAGUGUAAUGCCGCACUUCUUAAGAGUAGUUUGGCUUCAGAUCCGGCUCAGGAAGUUAGAGAGACAUGUGAGCUAGCCCUGAGUCGAAUUGAUGGGUUGAAGAAUACUUCUGUGUCUGAGACAUCUCCUUUCUUGUCAGUUGACCCUGCUGCUCCUGCUGCUUGUUCUUCUGUAGAAGAACUCAGGGAAGUUCUACUGAAUGAAGACAAGAGCAUGUACGAGCGGUAUGCUGCUCUUUUUGCUCUUAGAAACCUUGGGCGAGAUGAAGCUGUUUCUGCUAUCGUUGAGUCUUUAGGUGCUGAUAGUGCUCUACUGCGGCAUGAGGUUGCCUAUGUCUUGGGCCAACUGCAGAAUAAGAAAGCUUCAGAUGCACUUUCACAGGUUCUUAGAGAUGUAAAUGAACAUCCUAUGGUUAGACACGAAGCAGCAGAGGCUCUUGGUUCAAUUGCAGAUGAAGAAUCGAUUGCUCUGCUCGAGGAAUUCGCCAAGGACCCCGAGCCCAUCGUCUCACAGAGCUGCGAAGUUGCUCUCAGCAUGCUUGAGUUUGAAAAUUCAGGAAAAUCCUUUGAGUACCUUUUCAUGCAGACUCCUCAAGCUUCAUGCUAAGUUGAAUUUCUUUGUUUUCAACUAAUACUAUUUCUCAAGAAACUAUGGAGGGUUUGAAGAUCCAAAUCCUUGCCAUCGAUUGGGAAAAUGUGAUACACAUUUACACAUUGUAGUAGACAAGGGAAUGAGUUUUUUUUUUUUUUUUUUUUUUUUUUUUUUGCUUUCUGGUGUAGUCUGUGUGACAUGUGAUGAGUUUGGCUUUUACCUUGUCAAGGUGAGUUAUAUUGAUGGUAGGUACAAGUUGGGACACCACCAAUAUACCAUAAAACAAAUUAAUUAAAUGUUAUUUUCAUCUAAAA